AUGUCAUUCAAUUCAUGGCGCCAAUUUCAAUUCUUUGAAAAUGUGCCCAUUAAGGACCCGAACCUCGCAGGAGAUUCUCCCUUAUACUCUGAUCCAACUCUCAGCGCGGUAUCCCCUUCCAUCGAAAAUAAACUCAUAAUUGCCGUCCAAGCUCGAGUGAUCAAACUUAUUGAUUUAAAUCAGUCAGAAAUGAUGAUGGAAUUUGUUGCGUACCCCGAGAAUUUUCAAAUCACUUACUUAAAAGGCAUGAGAAACAACUUUGUUAUAAGCGUUGGCGAACAGUUGGGUUUGCCAUGCUUAAUUAAGUUAUGGAAACUGGACAAAAGGCCGACCGAUGAGUUUGAUUUUCAUUCCAUGAUUGAAAUAAAAAAUGGAAAAAAUACAUCCCCAGUCUCUGCGAUUUCAAUAUCUGAUGAUUUAACAUGCAUUGUGAUAGGAUUCGCAAAUGGACGCAUAGUACUAGUAAGGGGAGACAUACUACACGAUAGAGGAUCCCGACAGCGAGUUAUAUACGAAGAUCCUACUAGAGAACCUAUAACAUCACUAUUUCUUGACCGUGAAUGCAAUUCAUGUUUUGCCGCGACAACAUCCAAAAUUUACGUUUUUAGCACGACUGGUCGAAACAGCGGAAUGCCAGACGUAACUUUAAGUUCCGACAGUGGUGUUGAUUUGAAUUGCAGCUGCUUAAGUGUGGACAAGAGAGAACUCAUUUGCUGCAAAAAGAACUCUUUGGACUUUUACAAACCGAACGGCGAGAAGCGUUCUCUCAUAAUUGAUAUUCCUCUCAAAAAAAGGAUACAUGCCAUUGACGAGCAUAAUAUUGCUAUAGUGUCCGGUACUGAGGCUCCAAACCAAACUGCCCUACAUGUUAAACCCGACUCUAGCAAUAGGCUGAUUAUCCUAGAUACUAAGAACAUGUUCGUUACUAUGAAUGUUUUGAUAGCCAGCGCUGUUAUAGAUAUGUUUUUGACGACCUAUAAGAGAGUUACAUCCCUUUUCCUCCUUACAUCUGAUGGAACCAUCCACAAAAUCAACGAGAAGUCGAUAGAUGACAAAUUGCAAAUUGUUCAGCAAAAGGAAUUGUUCACAAUUGCACUGGAACUUGCUAAACAAAAUCAUCUCGAUGAAAAAAAAGUUCAAAAAAUACGAAAGGCCUAUGCCGAUCACCUCUAUAAAAAUAACUUGAAAACAGAAGCAAUAGAGGAAUAUGUCAAAUGCCUCGAUGUCACUGAAACAAGUGAGAUAAUUUCGAAGUUUGGUAUAGAGAACACCACAAGUACAACUGAUGUCGCAAAUUUGGCAUAUUACUUAAUAUCGAUGAUAAAAAAAGGAGCGAGUAAUGCAGAUCACAUUUCACUGCUCCUAAUUGCAUUAGUGAAACUCAAGGAUAAAGAAGGAAUUGAUAGUUUUAUCUCGCACUUUAGCAGAUCAGGAAGAUAUUUGGAAGAGCCAGAGGAAGAAGACAAUUGGGAUGAAGACGACGAGACAUAUUUUUUCUCUGACUUGAAGUUAUUCGACUUAGGGCUCACACUAAAGUUAUUAAAGGACUCGGGGUUUCCUACACAGUGCUACCAUUUAGCACGUAAAUUCUCCAAAGAUCCAACUGUAAUCGUUGAUAUCCUGCUGUCAACUUUAAAUGAUGCUCAUAGUGCUUUGAGAUAUAUCAGAAGCUUACCAGUGGAUGACACGCUUCGGGCACUUCUUGUGUUUUCAAAGCGUUUGUUGGAUAAGCUACCAAAUGACACAAACAUAUUAUUGAUUGAAUUAUUCACAGGCAAGUAUAAACCUGCGAAGUACGACAAAUUGCAGAGAACGGCGGACAAUAAGUGCGAAAAUGACACCAAAAAGGUCUUCUACAGUUAUAAAGCUUUCAUGAACUACAUGUACAAUGUUACAGACAAGUCCAACGUGCCACGUGUGGAUGAUAUUCCAACCUAUCACCCUCCUAAACCAGCAUUGGUUUUUACGUCAUUUAUAAACAAACCCUUUGAGUUUUUGGUUUUUCUCGAGGCAUGCUUAGAGAGUUACAACGAAUUUCAGGGAUUCGAUUACGACAAACAACUGAUCUUGACCACUUUAUAUGACAUCUACUUAUCUUUGGCGAAAGACGAUGCGAAAGAACGUCGAGCUGAUUGGAAAUUUAAAGCGGCAAAGGUCUUGGAUGAGAGUAAAAAGCUCGUUACAGCAAGUGGGGCUUCUGAAAAAUCUGUGACGACUGGAAAGUCACAUACUAAGGCAAUAGACAAUUCUUUAAUGAUGCUGAUUUCACACAUUAAUGAUGUGGAUUUAUAUUCUACCAAUGAUAGCGUGUCCAAAUCAAAUGCCGAGUUUGCAAAUGUUGAUGAAAAAAACUUGACGGACGCAUUUAGAUCUAUUAUCUUAACCAGUGAUUCCAAAACAGUCUUGAGGUUUUUAGAAAAGUUUGGCGCCCAAGAAAACCCCCUCUAUGUGAUUGCUUUGCCUUACUUUUUAUCAUCAAAAAGCAUACUUAAAGAAAUCGGAGGGGAAAGUGCACUUAAGGAAAAGGUUUUGAAGAAAAUAAUGGAGCUCGAUUUAAUGCCAAUACUAGACAUAUUACAAGUCGUUGGCUCUUCAAAUGUUGCAACAUUUGGCCUUGUCCAGGAACUUUUGAUCCACCAUAUCGAGGCUGAAGAUGAGGAAAUUAGGAACAACCAACUCCUCGUCGAAUCCUACCAAUCAGAAUUGCUAGAGAAAAGUACAAAACUUGAUUCACUGAUGGAUAAAGAUAAACCGAUUAAUAUGCAGAUGAAAAAUAGAGCUUGCCAUAUGUGUCACACAAUGUUAGCGUUACCCAUCGUUUAUUUCAAAUGUGGCCAUGCAUAUCACCAGCGUUGUCUAAAUGAAGAGGAAUCCGCACUUGCCGACAGUGAAAAGUUGUUUAGGUGUCCUCAAUGCAUUGUUGAGCUCGAAGCGGCAGGAAACAUGAUGCGUGCACAGAAUGAAAGUACAAAACAGGCCGAAUUACUCAAGCUAGCUCUUUCGAAGGAAGAAAACGGUAAGGACCGCUUUAAAGUAAUUACCGAGUUCAUAGGAAGAGGUGCAUUGGAAACGUCAAAAGUGAUUUUAUGA